UGACGUAUUUCAAUGUGAUAUUGGUAUCUUUUAGUUAGAGAGUGGAAGAUGGGAGAAGAAGCGCUGAAGAAGAAGGGAUGGUCCCUCCAAGGAAUGACUGCCCUCGUAACUGGUGGCACCAAAGGAAUCGGGCAUGCCAUAGUAGAAGAAGUAGCUGCAUUUGGAGCAUCCGUACACACAUGUGCCCGCAACAAAGCAGAGCUCGAUCAGUGCUUGCAUGAAUGGAAAGAAUCAGGAUUCAACGUGACGGGUUCUGUUUGCGAUGUUUCAGCGGGUGCAGCACGUCAAAAACUGAUGGACGAGGCCUCCUCGAUAUUCCAAGGGAAGCUCAACAUCUUCAUAAGCAAUGCUGCGGCGUUCAUCUUUAAACCAACGCUAGAGAUUACUGCUGAAGAAUUCUCCUUUGUCAUGGCCACCAACCUAGAAUCUGCAUACCAUUUAAGCCAGCUUGCUCACCCGCUCUUAAAGGCAUCAGGACAAGGAAACAUUGUAUUCAUAUCCUCUACUGCUGGUUUGGUAGGAUCAUGUGCUGGAACCGUUUAUGCAGCUUCUAAAGGAGCAUUGAAUCAGCUCACAAAGAAUUUGGCAUGUGAGUGGGCAAAAGACAACAUACGGACUAAUUGUGUUGCACCUUGGGUAACAAAGACUCCUUUGAUAGAAGAUCUUCUGGCAAACAAGGAGUUGGUGGACGAAAUGAUUCCCCGAACUCCCCUUCGACGCUUUGCAGAGCCAAAGGAGGUUUCAUCUUUGGUGGCAUUCCUUUGCUUACCCGUUGCAUCGUACAUAAAUGGCCAAGUCAUAGCUGUCGAUGGAGGAUUCACCAUCAGUGGUUUCUACCCAUCUAAAGACUACUAAUACUCCGAUCACGUUUGAUGGAGGCAAAAUAAUAAUAAUAAUAAUUUCGUGGGAUCCCCUUCGAUUAAGCUAUGUUACUAAAAAAUAAGCAUAUGUUGUUGUACUAAUCACAUCAUUGAUAAAUCAAGGAUGCAUGGAUUGGAUUGAGUAAUGUAAGCUUCGUUUUCCCACACUACAUGGAAGAGAGACAAAACAGAGGGCUGCCUAGCUGGUGGAAAUCUAUCUCUGGCUGACAUGUAAAGCAUUUCCCCCAAUCAGUGGUCCAAGGACUAGACAUAGACUUUGCAUGCUUGGUUCUUGGUUAUUUCCUUUCUAAAUGUAUUUUAAAAGUCCAUUUGCACAUGGUAUUUGGAAAUUCAAUUUUCCCAUGACCCCAUACAUGUCAAUGUUUUUAUCAUUAAUGUACCGC